UCGGCGCAACCAUCUCGAAUCAUGCAUGACGAUAUUGAUUGCCUAUCCUCUCGAUUCUUCUACCAUUAGUUCACUUCCCGCCAAACCCAUAUAAGAUAAAAUCCCCUAAAACCUUCCUUCAAAUUCCCGCCAUGGAGUAAUGAAGCUCCAUUAAGCAGUCUCUGGAAAAAAAAACCCCCCUUUAUUUCCCGAGAAAAAUCCCCCAUUUUCUUUCAAUCCAAACACUCCUCCUCAGUCCCUGAAUUGAUCGAAAAACCACUAGCCAAUGAUCGAGACCCCGGCCUUCGUAUUCCAAUCAUAGACUAGCCUAAUCCCAGCCCCCAAAGUUAGGGUUUGGCAAAUCGCAAGGAUGGCGCAAUUGAAUGUGAAGCAACAUACGCUAAUUCAGGCUUUGCUCUUGCGAGGCCCUCUCAAGGAGAACGAGUUCCACGGCAUUUUCACGGGCCUCACCGGCAAAAAUCCAGCUACUCAUCAGCAGCUAUUUGAUGAUUAUCUUCUGAAGAUAAACAAGGGGCUUUCGUAUGCUCAGCUUGAGUUGCGGGGCUGCAGACAUCAAUAUGAUGGUCAAAUUUAUUAUGGAGUGGUCAAUAAUGUCUCCGAUGAACAAUCCAAGCUGGGAACAAAAUAUUCAGUUCCCCAAAUUGCGUUUUACAAGGCUAUUAUAGAGGCUAUUGUGCAAGAUGAUACAGCCCAAGGUAGCAUAUCCAAUAUCGCUGCUCUUAAUCUACGAUUGGAGAAUCAGGUCCUUAAUGGGACAGGUUCGCAAUCACAAGGUGGUUAUAUCCCUGCAUUGAGGAAUUUUUCUGCUACUCAGAAGGAAAAAACUCUUCGUGAACUUCUGCGUGACCAGUGGCUUAAACAAACCCCAGAUGGUAAAAUUGGACUUGGAAUCAGAUCCUUCCUCGAUCUGCGAAGUUGGUUCCGUAAUAAUGAUGUUCCUUCAUGUGAAGCUUGCAACGAAGCUGGAGUAAAGGCACAACUGUGCCAGAAUGAAGAUUGUACUGUCCGAAUUCAUCACUACUGUUUGAAUAAUAUGUUUUCCCAGCGCAAGGGUGGACGAGUUUGUCCUCGCUGUGGCACGCAAUGGCAAUAUGAAGGACCGAAAGAAGAAGCUGUUGAGGAAGAUGACAAGUCAACUAUGGCUGCUUCGAGCCGAGCACCACCGGCACCCAAGCGAAAGAAGCCAAGAAUUGAUGAUGCAAGUGAAUGGGGUUCUUCUCAAGCUUCCGUACCCAGUUCCCAGCCGCGGAGAGUUACUCGCAGUUCUGCCAGCGCUAGAUAAAUUUCUUACUCAACGCCCCUUCAUAUGUUUUGAAAUAUUCUCUAUAGUCUAUAUACAUAUUGGUACAAAUGUGCAUGCAUUUAGAGCUUUUUUGUUAUCGGCUUACGUGACAUCUUCCAUCCUACGGCGUUUUUUGUUGGUACUGAAUUUGUGAAUGCAAAUUUAGUUGUCCGGGUAUGCUCUUUUUGUACAUACCUUAUAAUUGGGACUGUUGAAUUAGGAACUUGAGAGGGCAUGCUGCAGAAAGCUUCUUGGAUGUUUGUUCUAUGAUCACCAAAACAAAAAUCACAACUUAAAUUAUUUUUUUAAGUUUUGAUUUUUUUUUUCCCUGUGCAUCCAAAACAA